AUGGCAGACCCAACAGCCAUGUAUGAGUUCCUGAAGCAGCCCUCAAACGGUGCUGCAAAGAGACCCCUACCGCCACCACCACACUCCACCACUGCCAACACCACCACCACCACCACCGCCACCGCCACCACCCGCACCUUCCAAUGCCACUUCUGCCACCGAGUGUUCUACACCUCGCAAGCUCUUGGGGGCCACCAAAACGCCCACAAACUGGAGCGAGCUGCCGCGAGGAGACAAACCAAUGGGCUUCUCCCGCCGCCCCCGCUGCCUCUGGAGCCCGCCCUCAAGCCCACCGAGGCCAGGCCCAGGCCCAUGCUGGAACCACUGGAGCCCGCCACCGGACUCUUCUUCCACCCUCCCUACUGGCUCGAUGUAGAGCCCUUGCAGUUCCAAACCACCCACCCUUACGUCACAGCCGCCACCCUCCCCGUUCCGUUCCACGCUGCGUCUUCCACAGCACCUCAACAACAACAAGUCCUCUCCCACAAUGUCGACGCUUCUGACCACGUCAACCUCGACCUCACUCUCCGCUUGUGA